UGCCAUUAGUGUCAAAAAACGUCAACAUUGGAUGCUCUUUGGACGCAUUUCACUGAAUAAUGAAUAUUUUGAGUUUUUAAAAUCAAUUUAAUUAGAAAGUGAAUAGGUACUUGCUCUCGAAAUGUCGAGCACGACUUCCUACAACAAUGAUAAGGUGGUCCAGGGGGAAGUGGAGUACCCGGUCACUGAUCCUGCAUCAGGAGCGUUCUUCCAACCAGAUUAUAAGAAGAAUGAAGAUCUGAAGCUUAUGCUGGAUGGAUCCAAGGACUCUUUGAAGCUGGAAGCUAUGAAAAGAAUUAUUGGUGUGAUUGCAAAAGGCAGAAACGCUUCUGAUUUAUUUCCAGCGGUAGUCAAGAAUGUGGUAUCAAAAAACAUAGAAGUCAAGAAGCUAGUCUAUGUAUAUCUCGUCCGUUAUGCUGAAGAGCAACAAGACCUUGCUCUGUUGUCUAUUAGCACUUUCCAGAGAGCACUCAAGGAUCCAAACCAGCUGAUUCGCGCGAGUGCAUUGCGCGUGCUGUCGUCCAUCCGCGUGCCAAUGAUCGUGCCCAUAGUGAUGCUGGCUAUCCGCGACUCGGCCAGCGACAUGAGCCCCUAUGUGAGGAAGACCGCGGCGCAUGCUAUACCCAAGCUGUACAGUCUAGAUCCAGACCAGAAAGAAGAGCUAGUGGCAGUAAUAGACAAGCUGCUCUCUGACAAGGCGCCGCUGGUGGUCGGCUCCGCCGCUAUGGCCUUCAACGAAGUGUGUGGAGAUCGUAUGAGCCUCAUUCACAGAAGUUACAGGAAGCUGUGUGCUCUCUUGGCUGACGUGGACGAGUGGGGACAGUUGACUCUGCUCAACGUGCUCACGGUGUACGCCAAGACGUGCUUCCCCGAUCCUAAUACUGAUAACUAUUCAAGCGACAGUGACAAACCCUUCUACGAUUCAGACAGUGAUGGAAGUGAUAAACGCGCGUCUAGCUCGCCCACUGUGGAACCCGACCUAAGGCUGCUACUGCGGGCCGCUAAGCCCUUACUGCAGAGCAGAAACGCGGGCGUCGUUAUGGCUGUAGCACAAUUAUUCUUUCACUGUGGGCCCGCUCAAGAACUGCCGCCAGUGGCCAAAGCCCUGGUUCGCUUGUUGCGAGCCCCCGUCGAAGUGCAAAGCGUAGUACUGAACACCAUUGCUUCAAUCACUGUCAGCAGGCGGUCGCUCUUCGAACCAUUCCUAAAAUCUUUCUUCGUGAGAAACUCAGACGCAACACAUCUAAAACUCUUAAAACUGGAGAUUCUAACUAACUUAGCGACUGAAGCAAGCGCGGCGGUCGUACUGAGAGAAUACCAAACCUACGUGACAUCGAGUGACAAGGCUUUCGUGGCAGCCACUAUACAGGCGAUAGGCCGACUGGCCGUGGCCAUUCAUACAGAAACUGAGACUUGCCUUAAUGGGUUACUGCAUCUGCUGUCCAGUAAAGAUGAAUGGGUGGUAUGUGAAGCGGUGGUGGUGGUGAAGAGAGUGGUAGGCGGCGGCGCCAGCUCCGCGCAGGCGGCCGUCUCCCGCGCCGCCAAGCUGCUGCGAUCUGACAGGUUAGCGGGCAACGCGCGCGCGGCGGCUGUGUGGUUGGUGGCGGAGCACGGCGCCAAGCACCCGCGUGCGGCCGCCAUAUUGGCACACAUGGCCGCCAACUUUGCUGAACAGGACGAGUUAGUGAAGCUCCAACUCCUAUCCCUUGCUGUAAAGCUGUCCAUAACCCAGCCGGACACAGUUCCUCUGUGCAAGUACGUGCUCUCGCUAGCACGGUACGACGCGAGCUACGACGUGCGCGACCGAGCACGCAUGCUCCGCCGGUUCAUUGACCCGCAGCAGAGCGGUUUGCUGAGCCAGUACGCGGCGCAGAUAUUCUGCCCCGACAAGCCGAAGCCGACGAUACAGAGUAACUUCAAGGAUCGCGACCAGUUCACAGUAGGGUCUCUAUCGCAGUACAUAGGGUCAGCCGCGGCGGGCUACCGGCCGCUGCCGCAGGCGCCGCGGGAGGCCGUGGGCGCGAGCUUGCGAGAGGCCACCGCUGCGCCCAUCACCACACAAGUCUCUGAUGACACGCAGUUUGAACAGAAAAACAAGACCUUUUACUCGGAGCCGGAUAGCGAUGGAUCAGCGUCCUCAUCUUCAGGGUCGUCGGCGGCUUCCAGUAGCUCCGAGGAGUCGGACGAGGAAGAAGAAACGAACAACGUUCAGGAACGCAAAAAAGAGGAGAAAACUAAAAAAAACAGCAAUUAUAAGUCAUCAAAUUCUGGUUCCUCGGAUUCAGAAUCUGACAGUGAAUCUUCUUCCGGCUCGGAGAGCGAGUCGGAGAAUUCCGAGACCAGUGAAGAGAAGAAGGAUACCAAGAAAGAGACUCCGAAGGAACCUCCACAAGCAGAAGUAAAUGACAAGAAGAAUGAAAAAUCAAACUUGGAACUGCUUCUGGAGCUGGAUGAAGUGGCCAGUUCUCUGCCCACCAUGACGCCCACGUGUGGGGGCUUCCUGUCGCCGCCCACUGCCUUGCCGCCAGGAGUUGGGGAUGGUGACAGCAUCACCCCCGUGGGCCCCUCGCUGGUGCCCUCGGCGCAGGUGGAGAUGAUCCCGCGCGUGAUGUCCCGAGGGCUGGGCGCCACGCGGCAGUGGGGCCGCGCGCCCCACCUCUACUCGCACAAGAUGUGCGCCAUAGAGAUCAGCUUCACCAACCACACGCCCGACGUGCUGGAGAACAUACGCGUCAACAAGAAGACUCUUACCGGCGCUCGGUCAAUCCACGAGUUCGCGCCAAUCCCACGGCUGGGCCCCGGCGCUACCGUGAGUGGGACUCUGGGCGUGGACUUCGCGGACUCUAUACAACCCAUCGAGUUUACUGUCAUCAGCUCGUUAGGUGAGGUGUCAGUGUCCAUCACCCCACCGGUGGGCGAGCUGAUGCGAUCUGUCACCAUGUCUGAGAGCAAGUGGGAUGCUGAGCAGAGGAAGCUGAGAGGCAUGACAGAGUGCAAUAAACAAGCACCAAAACUAGAAGACGAAUCGGCGAUCUGCAAACGAGUGUUUGAAACCGCCAAUGUAGCCUGCAUCACUUCCACAGGGAACUUCCUUAGGUUCGCAGGGCGGAUGCUGUCAUCCCAAGAUCUGGUGCUAUUGUCUGUGAAGAUUGAAGAUGACUCGAGCACGGUUACUGCGAACUGUCCAAACAUGGCCGUCGCGUCGUUACUAGCCAAUCAGAUCGCGCAGGCUUUCGCUAGAGAAUAGAUUUACUAUGCAUUCCAAUUGAGAAAGAUCAUCGACAAAAGUAUAUUCAUUCUUGUUUUAUGUUAAAUAUGUAUAAUAAAGCAAAAUAAAAUUUUCGCUUGAUA